GACUAGUCGAGCGCCUAUCGAGCAGUAGAGGAGCUACAAGAUGGCGCAAGCAAUAUUUGAAGUGCUUGAAGGCAUGGACAACCAGACGGUGUUGGCGGUCCAGUCUCUGCUGGACGGUCAGGGUGGAGUUCCUGACCCCAACAACCAGAACGUCUCUGGGACCUCCACCAUCCAGUCUAUGGACGACGAGGACGUUUUCCUGUGUGGGAAAUGUAAGAAACAGUUUAAUUCUCUUCCGGCCUUCAUGACCCAUAAGAGGGAGCAGUGCCAGUCCAGCGUCCCGUCCCUGUCCACGGUGUCCCUGGCCUCCUCCAACGCCUACACCCCGGUCCCCUCCAUCAGCUCCGGACCCCAGACCGCUGCCAACAGACAGGUUUCCACUUACAUCACAGUCCCUCCGUCCCCGCUGACUCACACUCUGGUCCAAGGCAACGUGCUGGUCAGUGACGACGUCCUGAUGUCGGCGAUCUCCGCCUUCACCUCCAUCGACCAGCCGAUGGCCGCCAUGCAGACGCCUAUACAGAGUAACCUGAGCAUGCACACAGCUGGCGUAUCUUACCUGCAGCACCAUCACCACCACCACCAUCAUCAUCAUCACCAUCAUCAGCAACAACAACAACAGCAACAACAGCAACAACAACAACAACAACAACAACAGCAACAACAACAACAGCAGCAGCAGCAGCAGCAGCAGACGUCGUCCCACCCGCUGCCCUCCAGCCAGCCCCCGGCCCACCCUCCGCCCCCCCAGCAGCCGCUCUCCUCUCAGGUCCCGGCCAGUCACAGUAACUCGGUGGUCCAGGUGUACAGCACGCUGCCCCACAUGGCCGGAGGUGGUGGUGCAGAGAUCCACACGCUGGGGCUGCAGCCUUUUCAUCCCGUACAAGUGCCCAGUCAGUGUGUGGAGAGCCAGUCCUUCACCACUCCUCCGGUCUACAGCCCCGGGAAACAGUGCACCAAGACCAAGACCUGCAGCAUCACCGCCAACCUGACGGAGCUGGGAGACUUCGAGAAGGUCAUCAUUCCCAAACGGUCAAGAAGUAGCAAGAAAAGCUCUGAUGGAACCACAGCAGAGCAGCUGAAAGGAAAAGUACCGAAGCUGAAGUGUAAUUUCUGUGACAAAAUCUUCUCGAAAAACUUUGAUCUUCAGCAGCACAUUAGAAGUCACACUGGAGAGAAACCGUUCCAGUGCAUCGUCUGCGGCCGAGCCUUCGCCCAGAAGUCCAACGUGAAGAAACACAUGCAGACACACAAGGUGUGGCCGAUGGGCGUGGCCAGCACAGUGUCCAGACUACCAAUCACAGUCAAGGUGGUGCCGGUGUCAUCCAAUGAGGAGGAGGGGGGCGGGGAGCAGCAGCAGCGAGGAGAACCAGAGGAGGAGCAGAACUGUCCAACACAAACAGAAGAGGAGGUCGUUCACACAGAGGCUCCAGGGGAGCUGGAGGAGAGAACGGCUGAGGCUCAGGCUGAUCCGGAGGGGGAAGCCCCCCAGAACGGACUUCCUCAGGUCCAGAUGCAGGUCCAGUCCAACCAGGAGCAGCAGGUCCAGGCUCAGACCAAGCAGAUCGUGGUGAUCGACAGCUCCUACCAGUGCCAGUUCUGUGCCAACAAGUUCAAGACCUACUUCCAGCUCAAGUCUCACAUGACGCAGCACAAAGGGGAGCAGGUCUAUAAGUGUGUGCUGAAGUCCUGCUCCCAGACCUUCCAGAAGCUGGACCAGUUCCUGGAGCACAUCAGGACCCACCAGGAGCAGCUGACCUACCGCUGCCACCUCUGCAGCAAGGUGUUCCCCUCCCUGUUUGAACUGGGAGUCCACCAGUACUCCCACUGCUUCUGCCCACAGCAGAGCACACGCAAGGAAACCACCAUUUACAGGUGUGUGAAGUGUCAGAGCAGGUAUUCUACCCAGGAAGCCCUGGAGCAACAUCUACUGACCGCCUCACACAACUUCCCCUGUCCUCACUGUCAGAAGGUUUUCCCGUGUGAACGGUACUUCAGACGUCACCUCCCGACUCACGGCGUCGGAGGGAGAUUCAAGUGUCAGAUCUGUAAGAAAGCCUUCAAGACGGAGCACUACCUCAAACUGCACAUCCGGAUCCACUCAGGAGAAAAGCCAUAUAAAUGUUCCCUCUGUGAGGCGACAUUCAACAGGAAGGACAAAGUGAAGAGACACAUGUUGAUCCAUGAACCCUUCAAGAAAUACAAGUGUCCCUUCAGGACUCAUGUAGGCUGCACCAAAGAGUUCAACAGACCAGACAAACUCAAGGCCCACAUCCUGUCACAUUCUGGUAUCAAACCCUACAAGUGUCUGUUCUGUCAGAAGGCGUUCAGUCGGAGGGCUCACAUGUUGGAGCACCAACAGUCCCACACAGACAACUACCGCUUCAGGUGCUCCUCCUGCAACAAGGGCUUCACCAGACACAGCUACUACAGGGACCACAAGUGUCCCGCCGCCACGGGGACCGAAGGAGGAGGAGGAGGAGGAGACGCAGAGGGAGAGGAGGAGGAGGUGGAGAAGGAAGGAGAGGACAGAUUCAUGAGACAAAGGAGAGGAGACGGAGAGAAGGAGGACUGCUCAGAGGACAGCCAGGAGCAGCUGGAGACACAGGAGGAAGAGGAGGAGGAGGAGGAAGAAGAGGAGGAGGAUGAUGACGAGGAGGAGGAGGAGGAGGAAGGAGAGGGGAGGAGGACUGACGAGGUUUGUCAAGCUGCGAUGACGAUCAGCACCAUUGAAGAGCAGGUGGACGGAGGAGAAGAAGAGGAGGAAGAGGAGGAUGAUGAUGAUGAUGAAGAUGGCGGGUCGGUGCUGCAGCAGAUUCAGAUUCAGAGCAACAACCAGAACGCUUUACAGCAGCAGCAGCAGCAGCAGCAGCAGCCAUGUUUGUAGUCAGAACCACAUGUUCUGUAGGAACGUUACCGGGAAAGUUUACACUGUAAAAAAUGUGUUUAGUCUA